AUGGCUUGGUUUCUUGGUUUUCUCUUCCUCUUAUUCAUCUCUUCUGCUAAUGCUUGUGAUCGUUGUGUUUAUCAAUCCAAGGCUAGCCAUCUUUACGAUUCUCCAACUACAUAUGGGGGAGCAUGUGGUUAUGGCAACGUGGCCUUGCAGUUCUCUAAUGGCUUCUUUGCAGCUGCGGUGCCUUCCCUUUACAGACAAGGAGCUGGGUGUGGCGCUUGCUAUCAGGUGAGAUGCAAAAAUAGAAGGCUUUGUAACACAUUAGGGACUAAAGUGGUGUUGACAGAUCAAAACAAUGACAAUGCAACAGACCUUGUUCUUAGUAAAAGAGCUUUCUUUACCAUGGCUCUCAAUGGUAAAGGUGCCGACCUGCUCGAUCUUGGCGUUGUCGAUGUUGAAUACAAGAGGGUGGCUUGUGAAUACAAACACAAGAACUUGUUAGUCCAAGUGGAAGAACCAAGUUCUAACCCAUAUUACCUAGCUAUCAAAUUCUUAUACCAAGGUGGGCAAACAGACAUGGUUGCCGUGGACAUAGCUGAAGUGGGUACCUCAGGUUGGAGCCAUAUGAAGAGAAAUUAUGGAGCUGUUUGGGAAACAAACAACAUCCCUGAAGGAGCAUUACAAUUGAGGAUGGUGGUGACUUCAGGCUACGAUGGAAAAUGGGUUUGGGCAAAAUCAGUGCUUCCUGCUGAUUGGAAAAGCGGAGGCAUUUACGAUACUGGAGUUCAAAUCAACGACGUUGCUAAAGAGAGUUGCCCGCCUUGGCAAUGUGGUGAUAAGCCAUGGAAAUGAACAAAUAUGUUCAUAUACUCAUCUAUGUAUUAAUAAAGAAUUCUAUAGAAUUCCAUAAUCAAAUGAUGAAAUGUUUU